GAAGCCAAAAAGACUCGCACAGCUUCGACGAACGAACGAACGAACGGUUUGGUUUCUCCAAGAAUUGAGCUUCCUUACAGCAAAGGAUUGAACUUCCGUACAGCAAAUUUUUCUGGGUCUAAUACGAUUUUGUGAAAGGAAAGAUCUUUGCUUUGUUAAACUGGGUCGAGAGAUGGCUUCAUCAAAUUGGCUACUUGAGGUUCACUUCUUGCAUAUGCCAAGUUUGUCUCCAAAGCAGACGAAUCUCUGUUUGUUGAAUCCUUUAUCUUGCAGAAAGAUGUCUUCUUUAGAUUUGAAGCAAGAAAUUGUGUUGAAAAAGGAUGUUUAUAUGAUGAGAUGCCAGGGCGUGCUCAAUGGUGUGUGCAUCGACCAUGUAAAUGAUGUUACUGAGAGAAGCUCAGAAUUCCAUCACUAUGGUGUCGGUACUAACUUGAGAGCCAGAGUGAAACCGAGGAAGCAUUUAGGUUCUUCGAGUUUAUCCUCUGAUGGACCAAUUACCGAAAACGACCAAGAGACAAACAAUGAGAUCCUUCAUAACCUGUGCAGCAAUGGGAAGUUAACAGACGCUUGCAAACUUGUCGAGGUGAUGGCACGUCAUAAUCAGGUUCCUCAUUUCCCUUCUUGCUCAAACUUAGUCCGUGGUCUAGCUAGAAUUGAUCAGCUGGAUAAAGCAAUGGGUAUCUUGAGAAUAAUGGUAAUGUCUGGUGGGGUUCCAGACACUAUUACCUAUAACAUGAUCAUCGGAAAUCUUUGCAAGAAAGGGCAUAUAAGAUCUGCCUUGGUCCUCUUAGAAGACAUGAGCUUGAGUGGGAGCCCUCCAGAUGUGAUUACCUAUAAUACAGUGAUUCGGUGUAUGUUUGAUCAUGGGAAGGCUGAGCAAGCCAUCAGGUUUUGGAAGGAACAACUGCGGAAUGGUUGCCCUCCAUACAUGAUUACAUACACGGUUUUGGUUGAACUCGUGUGCAGGUACUGUGGAAGCGCUCGAGCUAUGGAAGUUUUAGAAGACAUGGCAGUGGAAGGUUGUUAUCCUGAUAUUGUCACAUAUAAUUCUCUGGUUAACUAUAACUGCAGGCGAGGGAAUUUAGAGGAGGUGGCUUUGGUCAUUCAGCAUAUUCUAUCUCAUGGACUGGAACUGAACACCGUAACUUACAACACUCUUCUACAUUCUCUUUGUUCUCACGAGUACUGGGAUGAAGUGGAGGAGAUUCUAAACAUCAUGUACCAGACGUCCUACUCUCCAACAGUUGUCACUUACAACAUCUUGAUUAAUGGUUUAUGCAAAGCCAGGCUUUUGAGUCGUGCAAUCGACUUCUUCUACCAGAUGCUGGAACAAAAGUGCUCACCUGACAUUGUCACUUACAAUACAGUUCUAGGAGCCAUGUCCAAAGAGGGAAUGGUCGAUGACGCGAUUAAGUUACUUGGAUUGCUUAAAAGCACGAGUUGUCCGCCGGGCUUGAUCACUUAUAACUCUGUAAUCGAUGGGUUGGCCAGAAAGGGACUGAUGGAAAAAUCAUUGGAGCUGUACCAUCAGAUGCGGGAUGCUGGAAUCUCUCCCGAUGAUAUAACCCGUCGUUCUUUAAUAUAUGGUUUCUGCCGGGCAAACUUAGUUGAAGAUGCGAGUCAAGUUUUAAAGGAGACGAGCAAUAGAGGGAAUGGAAUCAGAGGUAGCACUUACAAGUUGGUGAUCCAAGGGCUAUGCAAGAAUAAAGAGAUGGAAAUGGCAGUAGAGGUUGUUGAGAUAAUGCUAACAAGUGGAUGUAAGCCAGAUGAGACAAUAUAUACCUCAAUAGUUAAAGGCGUAGAGGAGAUGGGAAUUGGAAGUGAGGCUGAUCAGUUGCAGAAGAAGCUGAAGCAGUGGAAACUGUUGAGGGAAGUGUAGGAAAUGUAAUUGACGCCGCCUAUUAAGCCUUUUGUACAGGGAAUCAGUUUUGUAAGGCAACGGUUGAAUCAGAAAGCUUAGGCCUCUCUGUUUGCUCAAAAUUAAGUUUUAGUUUCUUCUAGUCACUCUUUUGCUCUUCCUUUGAUUGGAUAAUCCAAAGCAGCAAUAUUGAGACAUCCUUUUGUUUUUCCAGA